GUAUUUAAGGUUGAGAGUCAGAGAACUUCCUAAUUAAUUUAAAGCAUGAAUAUUGUGGCUACUCCAAGUCAAUUGCAAGCAAACCAAGGGCAACUUUUCUAUCAAAAUAAUGAAUCUUCAAGAACUUCUGGAGAAAUCUCUAAAGCCAAAAUCCAGGAAGGAACCUGUAUAAAGCAGAAAUCUCGGAUGGUCAGAAUAAAAACUAGUGAGGAAAUUGAGUUCCUGGAAGACCAGUUUAGGAAAGAUCCGGCCUGGUCCAGGAAAACAGUUCAGCACUGUAAAAAGUUCCUUAGGCUCCGCACUCAUCAGAUAUACAAGUGGGGGUUUGACAAGAGGAAAGCUCUGAGGAAGAUCGAACAAAAUGAGUCAUCUCCGAUGACUAGUUUUAACGCAGAACUCGAGCUGAAUAAAUUAUUUCCAGUAAAAAUAUCAGUGGGCUCCAGCGAGGCCGCUGCAGCUGAUAUCAACCUGAAAGAGCUUUCAUGUCCUCUGUUUGAUUAUAACAAGGUUGUAGAUGAGUUAGUUAAGAGUACACUAAAUUUUCAGAAUCCUUGCAAAAUUAGAAGGUCUGAUCUUAACCAGGAUCGGAAGAAUUUCUGACAAGAACAAAAAUUAUUGAACAAGAAACCCCUGGGUGGACAGCAUCAAGAGGAGGAAAAGGAAAGCAUUACUGAAGAGAAGAACCCCUCCGCUGCUGCCAGCUAUACUGAACUGUUUCGGGACCUCUGCGAAGACCCUCUGGAUAGAGAAGGAUCAGAAAAUGAGCAUACUUUUAGAUCUAGUGAAUGAAUGAUCUACGAUUCCCAAAUACCUCCAUUUUCGGAAGAGUUUCAGGAAUCUGAGUUUAAAUGAAUGUCCGACCUAGAGAAAGAAUCCUUUCUGCUCAGAUCCCGUCGGACCUUCAUAGAUUAGCCCUACCGAUCAAGCAAUAUUCAUACAAUUAUUAACUAAUAGAUUUUU